CAAAAAGUCUUAACCAUUUUUGAUAAAUAGUACACAUCCGUCUCAUUCAAAAGAGAACAUUGCCAUAAACUUUCUCAACCAAGAUUCAUUUGUAUAAUCAUCAUCCUCAGUGGUCAACAAAUGGGUAAUAAUAGUCAGCAACUUCAUCUUUUCUUCCUUCCUGGAAUGGCUCACGGCCACAUGAUUCCAACUCUGGACAUGGCCAAGCUCUUCGCUUCCCGUGGCAUCACCGCAACCAUAAUCACCACCCCUUUCAACGAACCCGUUUUCUCCUCUGCCGUUCGUAAAUACACAGAGCUGGGGCACCAAAUCCAGAUCCGAUUGGUCGAGUUCCCCGGCGUCCAGCUUGGAUUACCGGAAAAUUGCCAGCGUGUCGACCAGCUCCCCUCCCGCGAAUCAAUUCCCACUUUCAUGAAGGCCUGCUCCCUACUCCAACAACCCUUGGAGGCGCUCCUCGAAGAGCUCCGCCCUGACUGUCUCGUCGCCGAUAUGUUCUUCCCUUGGGCGACGGCGGCCGCCGCCAAGUUCGGUAUUCCGAGGUUGGUCUUCCACGGAACAAAUUGUGUUUCCCUGUGUGCCUCGCACAGUCUGGCGACUCACAAGCCUUACAAAAACGUCUCCUCUGAUUCUGAACCCUUCACAAUUCCAAAUCUUCCGCACCAACUGAAGCUCACCAGAGUUCAAGUUCCAGACCACCAACGCGGCGGCGGAGAUGAACACCCCAUGACGGCUUUCAUGAAUCAAGUAAGGUAUGCGGAUGAAACAAGCUACGGCGUGAUCUUUAACAGCUUCUAUGAGCUGGAACCUGAAUUUGCAGAUUACUACAGGAAUGUUCUUGGUCGAAAGUCAUGGAUGGUGGGCCCGUUUUCCCUUCUAAACAGGGACAUGGAGGAUAGAUCUCUGAGAGGGAAGAAAUCCUCAAUCGGAGAAACAGAGUGUAUGGACUGGCUGGAUUCCAAGAAACCCAACUCCGUCGUCUACGUCUGUUUCGGAAGCAUGGCGAACUUCGCCGCUUCCCAGCUCAAAGAAAUGGCGGCGGGGAUAGAAAGCUCCGGGCAGGAUUUCAUUUGGGUGAUAAGAAACAAGAGAGAAGAAGACAACGGAAAAGAGGAGUGGAUGCCGGCGGAGUUUGAGAAGAGAACGGAAGGCAGAGGGUUGAUCAUAAGAGGCUGGGCCCCACAAGUGCUGAUUCUUGAAAACCCGGCCGUGGGCGCGUUCGUGACUCACUGCGGCUGGAACUCGACGCUGGAAGGGAUCUGCGCCGGGGUGCCGAUGGUGACUUGGCCGGUCUUCGCCGAGCAGUUCAUCAACGAGAAGCUGGUGACCGAUGUUCUGAGGAUCGGAGUUGGGGUUGGGUCGAAGGAAUGGAAAGCGACGGAGAGUGAUGGUGUGGAGAAGGAAGCGAUUACAGAGGCGAUCAAUAAAGUAAUGGUGGGGGGAGAGUCAGAAGAGAUGAGGAACAGAGCAGCAGCGUUGAAAGAUAGCGCAAGGAAGGCCAUCGAGAAGGAUGGAUCUUCUUACUCAGAUUUGACAUAUCUGCUGGAUGAACUCAGAACAAACCGUGCAAAACACUGAGCAUACAAUGAAUUGCAGUUUAUUUUCAACUUCAAACAGGGUAGAGACGGGAGGCUCUAGAGGGCUCUACCUCUGAAAAAAAUCUACUCGUAAUUUUUAGAGAAUUUACCCUAUGGGACUAAUUAGCUUUCCUAAUUUCAAAAUGGGACUCUUUUAACUUUCUUUCCGAAAAUGGGAAUCCUUUGCUCCUUAUUAAAAACAUACCAUAUUUUCAUUCCUAAAAUAACCCUGUUGUUUCUUUCUCGCCUAACAUCCGAUUCUCUCAUACCAAACUUAACGAAUCUCAGUUCUCCCGUCUUCUUCUCUCGUUGUCUCUGCACCUUGACGUUCGAAGAUCAUGGCUUAAACUCUAAAACUGAGCUUCGUGAGGAUGGCAAAUCACUUCAGACAAGGUAUUCUGUUCGAUCGAGGCUUUAGCUCGGAAAAGGUUUGAAUUGUUCUCAAUUUUUCUGCUCGAGGACAACUUUUUUACCAGGUAUUUUGUUCGAUUUUUCAAUUGUUUAACUCUCUCCUGUUUUGCGUAUUGAGCUUCGAUGAUUUUCAGUUUGUUUUUCCUAUUUUCAAAGUGUUCUAAUGGAUCGUGUAUCUGCUUGAUAUUCAAUUUCUAUGAAUAUUCAAAGAAAUUUUGAAAUGCUGUAAUUUGUUCCAAUUUCAUUAAUCUUCUAAGAUUCAUCAAUUCCUUUUUGCAGUGUUCGUAUAUAUUGUAAUUGCUGCAAUGGAUCAUGUUUUGCUUAUAAUGGUCAAGUUGGAUGGUAUAUGGGGGCCUAACUUUGUCUUCGUUAACAAGGCGACAUUAGGUAUUCAUGUCCUAUAUUCUUGCACAUAUUCAUCACUCUUAGACAUUCUGAAUGGCAGUAUUGAUCAAAUCAAAUGCAAUCCACGUUUCACCAUAUCAUACCUUGUUGAAUCAUGUCCUCCACCUGUUAGAGUCAAUGAUGAUGCUAGUUUACGCUUUUAUAUUGAUCUUAAGAUCCUUCAAUCAGAUUUCUCAAAGUAUCCUCUAUGUAUACAAUUUGACAAAGAGAAACUACCUAGUUUUUUUAAAGGAAGAUAUUUAAUUAAUAUUAAUCAAAUCGUUAGCCAAAGCCGAAACAAAAAAAAUGAAGAGGAAAAUCAACCCAAGACUGCAUAUCAGACAAAGAACAAGCCGCCCUAGCUAACAAAUGAGCUGGCUUAUUUGCUGAUCGCCGCACAUGACAAAAUGAAAUGAACGGAAAUGAAUACACUAAAUCUCUAAUGUCGUCUCUCAAAAGUCCCACCAAAGAGCAACUUGAACCUCCUUGGAUUUCCGAAAUUGCCCCAGCUGAAUCAGAUUCGACCUCCACCGAGGUAAUUCCAAAUUCCUUUAGCCAGCUCAGUGCUUCCCGGAUACCUACAAGCUCUGCCCCCAAAUACUACUCCAAAUACUUUGGUCACACCCGCAACUUGUUCUAAUGUUGAUCUGUGCAAUGCAAAUACCGGUUUCACUGUUGUCUAUUCUCUAGAACAAUACUUGCAUCCUGAAAUAUCUUCCCGUACUCCUGAAAUUAGUUUUGAUAAUGUUAUUUCAUCCACAUCUUCCUUUUAUGUCGGUCAGUCGAGUGUUUCCUUGAAUAAAAAUAACUUCCAAGAGCACAGGUCAUGCAGUGGUGUACUUCCUGAAUGUUUGAAUGAAGAUUCCCUUGAUGAGGACUCGCUUUAUUCUUGUUCUGAAAAUUCAGAAAAUCAGUCCUCAGAUGCCUUUGUGUUAAACCAGAACUGUGAUGUCAUUACAUGUUAUUCUCCUAUUAAGGUUGUGUUCCAUGGUAUAUACGCGAACAAGAAAGAUCUACUUUAUCACCUUAGAAUGUACGCGAUCAAUAAUAGCUUCCAAUUUUGGGCAAAGACUUCAAAGAAGCAUUCAUUGCAUGUAAUCUGUUUGGACAAAAUAAAUUGUAAAUGGGUUGUUCGUGCUGUUAGGCUCAAAGGUGUUCAGCUUUUUCAGAUUAGAAGAUUUGAUGUUGAUCACACUUGCUCAAUAGACUUUAGGCAAGGUGUUCGCCACAGGCAGGCCACUUCUGCAAUGAUUGCUGACCUUGUUGCUCAUCAGUAUAUGGAUGCUUCCAAAAAACCCUAUACACCUAAACAAAUCAGGGAUGAUUUGUUGUUGCAGUAUGGAAUACCGAUAUCAUACAAGAAGUCUUGGCCUGCAAAGAAAGCCGCCAUGAGAAAACAAUUUGGUUCAUAUUCAAAGGCAUACCAAUUGUUACCGUCGAUGCUCCAUUUGCUUGACCAAGCUAAUCCAGGAUCUGACGUCUUGCUCAUUAGAGGGGAAAAUGACGCGUUUCGCUAUUUGUUCAUGUCACUUGCACCAAGGAAGAGAGCAUGGGAGCAUUACAUUCCUGUUCUUAUUAUCGAUGGUUCUUUUAUGAAAGCGUAUUACAAAGGGACGUUGCUUACCGCCUGCAGCCAAGAUGCAAACAAACAGAUUGUGCCUUUAGCGUUUGCUGUAUGUGAUUUUGAGAGCACUGCGUCUUGGAAGUGGUUCUUUACAAGGCUCAAAGAGUGCCUUAAACAUCGUGAUGACAUGUACAUUGUGUCAGAUAGACAAAAAGGUAUUAUCAAAGCUGCAAAGGUCAUCUUUCCACACGCUGCCCAUGGAUAUUGUUGUGAACAUCUGUGGCGUAAUAUGAGAUCCAAAUUUCGAGGUAACUCAUCCAACCAUGGUUGGAAAUUUAAAGCUGCAUGGGAGGCUGCAACUAUGAGUGAAUGCUAUCAAUAUUUGUUCAUGUUGGAUGAGGAAGAUGCUAGGAUUCGUCCCUUGAUAGAGAAGAUUGGAAAGGAAAAGUGGGCUCGAAGCAUGGCAGUUAAGAGUCGAUGGGGUGUUAUGACCUCUAACUGUGCAGAGGCCAUGAACAGCAUGGAUGCCAAUGCAAGAGAGUACCCUGUCGCUAAGCUUUUGGAUUUUUUCCGUGAAAGAAUGCAAACAUGGUUUACGAAGCGGCUGGAAGAAGCAACUUCAUCAACUACUCAUUUGACUCUAAAGUUUGAGAAACAUUUAGUUUCAUUGCAGAGGGAUGCUUCAAGAUGAGGGUAACAAUCUCAUUUUCUCUUUGUUUCACUUUUUGAUUCAGUUACUGGCAAAUGUAUACUGUCACGUUUAUUACAUGAACGUGACAGUAUUUCAUUCCCAUUUCUAUUGUACUGAUGUGCUUGUAUUUUACACACUUUUUAGGCUUAGUUUGUUGUUAAUUUUAGUUAUUAAAGUUCUACUUUUGUACAUAUUUUUAUUAUUUGUCAUUAGUUUGUACUUGUGCAGUGCUACACGAGUAUUUUGUAUUUUCAGAUACUUUUGAUGCUAUUUGGAUCAUAUGUGAAUAAAGAAAAGAAAAAAAUAAAAGUUCAAGUUUGAUGUCAAUAAAAGUGAAAUUUCCUUCAAAAGCAAAUAAGGAUACAUUGAAGAAAGGAAGCAAAAAAGGAAAAAGGUGGAGGUGAGAUUCAAACCCAAGUUGCAAAGGUAAAGAGAGCAUCUUGAACCAGUGAGCUGAAUGUCAAAGUUGAGAUAAGUCAGCUGGAGCUUUAUUUAAUUGCAUCUCAUCUCAGCAAGGAAAAGAAGAUAAAAAGAAGUCUAAGCACGGGUUCAAACCCGCGACCUAGAACUCUAGAAGGCUACGAAAUGUCAAAGCACCAACUCCCGCUGCGCAAAGUCACUUAGUGAUUGCCUCGUUACGCCUUUUAGUAUAUACACUCAUCAUUUCCGUAAAUUUCAGCCAUUAAUGAUUAAUCAUCUUAUGAUUAUAAGGCUUAAUCCAUCUCCUUCCACACAUAAUCUCGAGCCAUUCUCUCACUACUCAUCCCAGGAACAUUUCCUCUCCCUUCUCUCUUCAUUCUUCACCUCCAAAUCAUCAACCAACCUUCAACCUCAAUUAAUCACUUUCUCAAUCACGAUUAAGUCAAGAUUAGCAUCAAAGCUCCAAGGAUUGUCAUCUAUCACAAGUUUGAUCUUCCUUAUCUCUUUAAAUCUUGUACUUAAAUCAUGAAUUCAUCUAUUUCUAAGCUUCCCAACAUGUAUAGCUAAAUAAAUUUGGGGCUAGAAAUUGGUUAAUUAAUUGUUCUUAUCAUGUUUUAAUUUGUAUUGAUUUUAAUUGUUAAGUUUGUUCUAUUUAGAUUGUUGUGUCCAGAAAAUUAAUUAAGUUGUGUUUGUGAUAUAUAUUAUGAGUACUCAAUCAUAAAUAUAUUGUUUGUUAAAUACACAAAUGAACACUUUCUGAACUCACCGUUAAACUUCUUUUACCUUGUCCCGGAUUGAAGUUUUACGGGAGAAUUUAAUUAUUUAAUUCUAUUAUUCACACCACGGGGUUGGGUAAAUAAUAUAGUUAAUAAUUAAGGUUGUCGUUGCACUUAAACAACUAGUCUCGUUUUGGCCAUCACUGGGAAAUGUUGACUAGUUACUUAUUCUAGAUGACUUGUGUUGGGUCCUAAAAUAUUUAUCUACAACUUCUCACAAUCUAUCUAAGAGUAAAAUUAGCAAUUAUGUCUUUCAAAUUAAACAUUGAACAAUUAGUUACCAAUUUCUACCCCUACUUUCCAUUGGUUGAACUUUGUGUUGUUGAUAAAAAUCUCUCGUCUCAAUCACUUUUAUUUAAUUACUUUUUCAAGCAAACCAAAAAUCAAAAGAACGCAUUCCCAACUUUAACCCUUAGUUUGUGCUUAAUUAUUUUAUUUCCCGCUUCUCUGUGGUUUAACACCCUACUUCCUUGGGUAAAAAAUAGUUGUGUGCCCAUUAUAUGCUACACACCAACUUGGCGCCGUUGUCGGGGAAGCGGUUUUGAAAAAAAAAAGUUAAAGCAUAAACUUUUGAUUUUAGUUAUUGUAAAUUGUGUGAAUAUUAUUUUGUUGUUAUCUUGUUUGCUUUUGCAGGUUAAAAAAACAAAAAAAAGUGAUUAAUUAAAGUUCAAAAAAAUAUUGAACUGUGAUUAAUUACCUUACCUGAGCAUUGGAGUUGGACUUGUUGACUGAACAUAUCUCGACAUUUGGACCAUUGGACAUAUUGUUACAUAUUAAUUCAACGGAUAAUCCGCCUAUAUGGUCGGACCGCUAAUUUGUACAUAUUAAUUCAACGGAUAAUCCGCCUAUAUGGUCGGACCGUUUACUUGUACAUAAUAAUUUAAAAGAUACUCCGCCUACAUGGUCGGACCAACUCUUUAAUUUCUGCACUUUAAUUAUCG